UAAAUUUUGUCAACUCAGUUUUUUCUGAUCAUUUCUCCAGUUGGAGCUUCUUGGUUGCCAGACAAGUUCGGCUAGUCAGUCAGUCCGUCAGCAUAUUACAAGCCACACUCAACCACCCAGACCUUCCUAAUCAUAAUUAAUCACCCCAUUAGUAAUUAAUUAAACUUUUCUUUAAUCAAACUUAAUAGUACUGCUUAAUUAAUCAAAAUUCAAGAAAAUUUUUAAAUGAUAAAACAAUUCAUAGAUUGGGGACAGCAUCUUUUUAGAGUCUUGGGUUUCAUGCCCCCACAUCAAUAACAACAACAAAACCCCAUUUCUCAACCAACUUCUUUCCUUCCUCUCCUCAAACUUUUCAAGAAAACUUUUGAGAAGUUUUCUUGAUUUUUCUUUUUUUUAAGUUUUUGAGUUAUUGGGGCAUGGAUGAUUAUAGAUCUAAGUACUAUGGAGAAGGUGAUAUGCAAAUACAACCAUACCAAGGUGGUGGUGCUGGCGUAAGUGGUGGUGGUGGUGGAGGAAGAAAUUAUAGUCAACAAGGCCAUGGUGGUGGUGACUUUAGAAGUUACAGUACUUCAGCUACAUAUGUAUCAUCAUCAGCAGUAACAACUGGUGGUGGUGGUGGUGGUGGUGGUAAUAAUAAGGAUUUGAAAUUUAAGAAAGCAAAGAGUGGUGGAACAUCAAAGAUAUGGUGUUUUAAUGAUCCUGAAAUACAAAGAAAGAAGAGAGUUGCUAGUUAUAAAGUCUACUCUGUGGAAGGAAAUAUCAAAGGGACUUUUAGAAAAAGUGUUAGAUGGAUUAAAGAUAGAUACACCAAAGUUGUCUAUGGUUGGUGGUGAUUGGAAUAAAUUCAUAUUGAUGAUCAUCAAAUCAAUCAUUCUAUCCAUCUAUUUAUCUUGAUCACAAAGUGUACUUGUGAAUUUUUUUUUUGUUUUUUGUGUUUAAUUUUGUUGUUUGGAAAAAUUUGUAAUAACCCCCAACAAAGAAUUCUAGAUAUUAUUAUUAUUAUUAUUGUUAUUAUUAUCAAGUAAUUUGAUGAUUUGGGUUUGA